CCGUCUAUCGUACGUUGAAGCGGCGCCUUUUCGUCGAAGGAGAAUAUCAUCGAGCGAAUAUCGUAGAGCGAAUCGAGCUCAUGGAAGAAAUGGCGAAACUUCGUGGUAGCCCUGCGACCCAGCGAGCGACCCUGCUUUGUUCUCAUCUCGCCGCCGCCGCCGUCGUCUUCGAAGCUGCUCGACGCCCUGCGCUGCGACGGGGUGCGGAUAAGCAGGCCAGGCUGAACAAAGCAGCGUGUGUGUUGAUCAGGGUGCAGCACGACGAGCGAGCCAGAGACACGCUGAUGGCACGGAGACCUCGCGGACUAACAGGCCAAUGAGAAACACCCCUUAAUGUUACUCAUCUCAUC